CCGAAAGCUGGAGGGAGGGGGCGUGAACGCACCUCGGUGGUGGGGGCUGCGGGCGAAGGUGUCAUGGCUGCUGCGGCGGAGCUGAGUUGCCCGAGUAGCAGUGACAGGAGCCUGGAGCGAAGCUGCAGCCCCAAUCUCUCCCGAGAGGUGCUCUUCGAAACCUUUCGCUCCCUGAUCACCCUGGCAGGACAGCUUAAUCUCAAAGAUGAUGUGGUGAAAAUUACAAUCGAUUGGAACAAGCUCCAGAGCCUCUCUGCAUUCCAGCCUACAUUGCUCUUCAGUGCACUUGAGCAACACGUUUUAUAUUUACAGCCCUUUUUAGCAAAACUUCAACCUCUGAUUAAAGAGGAGAAUGCAGCUGCUGUUGAAGAGAUUAGAAAAACAGAAAUGGACCACAAGAAUCAAGAAAAUGCCACACUUCCCCUUGGUGACGUACAAGAGGAAGAAAAGCACAAAGAUUGUGAUUUAGGAGAUGUAAAAGAACCAAAGAUCCAUUUUGAUCCAGAAGUGGUUCAAAUAAAGGCUGGCAAAGCAGAAAUUGACAGACGAAUAUCUGCAUUUAUUGAAAGAAAGCAAGCUGAAAUCAAUGAAAACAACGUCAGAGAGUUUUGCAAUGUUAUUGAUUGUAAUCAAGAAAAUAGUUGUGCCAGAACUGAUGCUGUUUUCACCCCUUACCCGGGAUUUAAAAGUCAUGUAAAGGUUUCUAGAGUUGUGAAUACCUAUGGCCCACAGACUAGGCCUGAAGGAGUUCAAGGAUCAAGUCAUAAAUCUAACAGCAUGCUUCGAGAUUGUGGUAACCAGGCUGUAGAAGAAAGACUUCAAAACAUUGAAGCUCAUUUGCGGUUGCAGACAGGUGGCCCAGUACCAAGAGACAUUUAUCAAAGAAUUAAGAAACUUGAAGAUAAAAUUCUUGAAUUGGAAGGCAUCUCUCCAGAAUAUUUCCUAUCAGUAAACUUUACUGGGAAAAGAAGAAAAGUUCAACCACCUCAACAGAACUAUUCACUGGCUGAACUUGAUGAGAAAAUUAGUGCCCUCAAACAAGCCCUGCUCAGAAAAUCAAGAGACGCAGAAUCCAUGGCAACUCACCACCUUCCAUGA